AUGUCAGUAUACCGAGUCGACUGGGCCAGUGGCCAGGUUUACACGGAGAAGGAGAUGGCUCCGGCCGUGGGAUUCGCCAAUGGCCCGUCCUGGGUCCAUGAAUCCCCUUUCCUGCACGUCGACUACGAGGAACGCAGCCCGUUGGGAGCGCCGACGCUGAGGCACUUGGCCACGAAGCAGACGCUGCGGGACCAGCGGAAUCUCACUCCGUCGCAUUUCGUAAAUGUGCCCUGGUCGAUCGCGAGGCAUUUGUGGGAUUAUCUAAGCAGGAGUGGCAAAAGGACGAUGUAUAUGUGGAAAGUGUUCUGCACCGCGUAUCCUACAGAGUUCAGGAAAGUCUCCAAGUACUGCGAAAUGGUUAUAGAUCCUCCAAAAAUGCCCAUGCAAGAGUAUCUGAGUCUGGUGAAAAAUGACGCUUGCCGCUGGGUCGUUGGGCUGACCGUCUGCACCGAGUAUGCACGCACUCCGGAGCUUGUCGAGGUAGCCCAUGUCGAGAAUAUCGUAGCUCUGGAGAUCAGCACCCCGUUGCAGACCCGUCUGGUGCUAGAGGAUGAGGAGGUGGAGAUAGCGGCCUUGAGUGACCGAAUCGUGCGCACUUGGAGCGAGCUCGCAGAAGGAUCGGGGGCAUUCAAGCACCUUCGAGUGCUGAGGCUGUGCGGUCAGCAGAACCUGUCAGCAAUCGUCUUCCAAUACUUCAAAGCCUUCCCGUCGCUGCGGGUGUGCAUCGCUGCGCGCUGCAGUGGGCUUACGACCCAGUCAGCCAUGGAGCUCGCCCGGACGUACGGCUGGCAGGCAGAAACAGAAGGAGAACUAUGGAAACUCUACAAAUGCCCUGCUUCGCGCUCCAGCCAGAAAUCUGGAACUGUGGUGAGUUGGGAUGGCGACCCGAAGAACAUGAUCCCGCCUUCUGUCCAGCAAGAUACUCCGGUUCUGGAUUUCAAAAUUGGACUCCGACGGGGGAUUCCAAGAAAGGAUUCUCAACGUGUGGUCUUUUGGCGGGAGGAGCUUGAGAGUGGGACAGGAGUAAAAAGGCGCAAGGAUAGCAAUGUCGCCAUACAACUGCUUAUCAAUGCAACGGUCCGCAUUGGAACCGCGGGACCGCGCUCCGCUCCACCGGCGAUUGUUAUUGACCGACUGCAGAUCUCCGCAUCCCAGCUCCGCCGCAAGCUGCUCUGCGUGUCGCGUCAGUUGCAUUCCAGCCCCUCCACCCACGGAGCGGCCAUGGCGGACCAGCCGUCUUGCGCGGGGCAGGACCUCCCAGCCGAGUCUGCCAUUCCCUCUCCGCGCUCCAGCACCGACUCCCGCUCCUCUCACGCGCGACACUCGUCAAUGCGUCUUUCGCACCUCUCGUCUACCACGUCUCCUCACCGACAGAGCUUCAGAGACAGCCUGCACGCCAUCCCCCAGUCUCCCCGGGCGCGGCGCCCGCAGUCUUUGACCCAGGCGGCCAUCCAAGAUCUGAUCGACAAUCCCCCAGUCCAGAAUCCAUCAGACCCGGCCUUUUCGGGCCGUGACUGGCGGCAGAUAUUGAUAGGGGAGCUCGUCAGCCCAGACGAUCUCAAGUUUGUGGAGGUCGAUACCGGAAUUGAGGAGGCUACCAACAUUCUGAUCGAUUCUGACGCCCCGGUACUGCUGAUUCGGGAGACUCCUGAGCAUACCUCUGCCGUCGGCACCUUUGACUACACGGAUCUCAAUGCGUACCUCCUGAUGGUUGUGGGCUUGGCCCACCCGGCCGACGACCAGGUCACCGCGUUUCGGGAAUUGGCGCAGAAGGCAAGGGAGGGAAGCAAGAUACCAUUGAAGGAUGUCAAGGACCUCGGGCCCAAGGAACCCCUGACGACACUUCCCGUGUCGGCCAACCUGACGACGGCAGUCGAAACGUUUGGCAGCGGCGUCCACCGCAUUGUCGUGGUGAAGGAGGACAGUGAUGAAGUGGUUGGGAUACUUAUGAGCAAUGAGGGCAUAUCGUCUCUGGCGGUGGUGGACAAUCACUUCAACGUGAUUGGCAAUAUAUCCACUGUGGACGUCAAGCUGUUGACGAAAUCAACCUCCCUGCCCCUGCUGUAUAACAGCUGUGUCCAUUUUAUCUCGGUUAUCCUGUCGACGCGCGGGAUGAACGAGGGGAAAGAUUCGUUCCCGGUGUUCUAUGUCAAUCCGACCUCGACUCUGGCACACACAGUGGCUAAGAUGGUAGCUACCAAGUCGCAUCGACUGUGGGUGACGGAUCCGCAAUCUCCUUCAUCGUCAGGCCCGCCGACGCCUUCUCAUUUCGCGGUGCAUAUGCCGGUGGGGGCGCCUCCAAGCAACUCUACUCAAGCGAAUAGCCAGAAUACCGCUCCUCCGCCUCAAAACUACACCCAUCCCCAUCAUCCGACAGCGCAAGGCUACUCAGGCGGACAGUCCGCGCCGUCGAUUCCGUCGUCGUCUCUGCCAGGGUCGCGGCUGUCGGGGCGGCUCGUGGGGGUUGACCAGAAUGCAACGCAGUUGGCUAUGGAUAUAAUCUAUCACCACAUUAGUGUACAUACAGUACAUAAAUUCCAUUACCUCGAAUUAGUAUUUUCGUACCUACUUAUAGAUAGAAAUAUACCAUUCAAUUCAUUCAAUUCAUUGAAUUCCACUGAUCACACACACCGCAUGCCAUGCCCAAUUCUUCAGUCUUUCUUCCGAUUCAGCCCGAGGGCAUGUAUCCGGGAAUGGGAUGAGUCGGUCUGA